CGGAGGUUCGCAUCUGCAGAUCCAUCUUUGGGUGUACAGUCUUUGGAUCCUCUUCUCAGCUCUGAAGAGGCGGUUCCAGCGGUCGGGGAGCUCGGGUGAACUUGGUUUAGCCCUUGUCACCGCUCGGAACUGGGCGUUCCGGGACUCCCAGUCCUUUGCGGUCUUGCUCAGGACUACAUUUCCCAAAAGGCUCCGCGGUGAUUGAAAGCUCUAUCAGCCUAUGGACGGGGGAGACUUCUCGUCCCAGAAACUGAAAAGCCAAUGGCAAGAGGACGGGGGCGGCAUUUUCCGGCUGCUGGCUGUCUUGUCCAGAGUCCCACCUGUGUCCCCACAGCCCUGUCACGAAUCCCAGUCGGGUUCUGGGCGGGACUGCCACGGCGUUGCGGGCCGGGUGCGGCUCGGCGGUGGAGGACUCUCACUUCGUGCUCCAUCCCGGGCUGGGCCCCGGGGCGGAACUGAUGAUGUGGCUGGGGACUUCAGGGACGAGUGGGUUACCUGGACACUGCUUAGAGAGUCCUCUUCAGGGAUACCACCCAGCACAAUUAGAAGAAUGGGCUCUCAAAGGCUCAGGACCCUGAGACUCAAAGUUAAGUGGCAGAGGAUUUCUAGACCAAGUGCAAUCUCCCAGCUAGAGCAGAAGGAAGAGCCAUGGGUCCUACCACUCCAAAAUUUUGAGGCGAGGAAGAUCCUGAGGGAAAGUCACACAGACUUUAAGAAUCAGGUGGUAAAACUCAAUCAGGACAUUUCUGAAACAGCAGAACAAUGUGGAACAUCCUCAGAAAGGGCCAAUAGAGAUAUUUCUCAUACUCCUCGUUGGGGAGGAAACUGGGAGAGGGGUCUUGAAUUAGAAGGGCAGCAUGGAACCCUUCUAGCAGAGGGCCAGCAGGAGCCCUUUUCACAGGAGAAGGAAUUAAAUAAGCUCCUGGAAGGAUAUAUAGGAAAGAAGCCGGUGUGUGCAGAAUGUGGAAAAAGCUUUAACCAGAGUUCCUAUCUCAUAAGACACCUAAGAACCCAUACCGGUGAGAGACCUUAUAAAUGCAUGGAGUGUGGGAAAGGCUUCAAACAGAGUUCAGACCUUGUCACCCACCGCAGAACACACACAGGGGAGAAACCCUACCAAUGCCAUGGAUGUGAGAAAAAAUUCAGCGACAGCUCAACCCUCAUCAAACAUCAGCGAACCCACACAGGUGAGAGACCCCAUGAGUGCCCAGAGUGUGGGAAGACUUUCGGACGGAAGCCACACCUCAUAAUGCACCAAAGAACCCACACAGGAGAGAAGCCCUACACGUGCCUCGAGUGUCAUAAAAGCUUUAGUCGCAGCUCCAAUUUCAUCACCCACCAGAGGACCCACACGGGAGUGAAGCCUUACAGGUGUAAUGACUGUGGGGAGAGUUUCAGCCAGAGCUCGGAUUUGAUUAAGCACCAGCGAACCCACACAGGAGAACGGCCCUUUAAGUGCCCGGAGUGCGGGAAGGGCUUUAGAGAUAGUUCCCAUUUUGUGGCUCACAUGAGCACUCACUCAGGAGAAAGGCCGUUCAGUUGUCCUUACUGCCACAAAAGUUUCAGUCAGAGCUCGCAUCUGGUCACGCACCAGAGGACACACACAGGUGAGAGGCCUUUUCAGUGUGACAGCUGUGGGAAAGGAUUUGCCGACAGCUCUGCCCUCAUCAAGCAUCAACGGAUCCACACAGGAGAAAGACCCUAUAAGUGUGGCGAGUGUGGGAAGAGCUUCAAUCAGAGCUCCCACUUCAUUACCCAUCAACGAAUCCACUUAGGAGACAGACCCUAUCGCUGUCCUGAGUGUGGCAAAACCUUCAAUCAGCGUUCCCAUUUUCUCACACACCAGAGAACACAUACAGGGGAAAAACCGUUUCACUGUAGUAAAUGUGACAAGAGCUUCCGACAGAAGGCACACCUUUUAUGCCAUCAGAACACCCAUUUGGUCUAGGAAAUAGUCUUUAAUGGUUCUUCUCCUCCCUUCCAAAUUUCCAUUGCUAUUGUCUUUAAGCGCUCCAAACAGAGAAAACCUGAAACUGGGUGUCAGCGGCUCAAGUCGGGCCCUGAUCUGUUCUCUUUUUCCAUGCUUUAAUGGCGAGGAUAAACCUACAGGGUCCAAAUAAUGUUCUAAACACAAAAGGCAUUCCUUCAGUGUUUUUGACUGACUCUUAGACAGAAAAAUGUGAGUUUAAUGCUUGAUGCCUGGUUACUAAAAGAGAAAUGAGAUAAAUGUAGUCACAUUCUCAUCAUUAAUGAUUCAUAUUUGAGAUCUUAUACAAAGCCCUUGAUAUAAUGCCUGGCCUUUAGAAGACACUCAAUACAGGGUUGGUUGCUCUUAUCGGCCUUAUUACUCAAUAAGGAAUUUAUUAUUGCAGCCCCACAAACCCAGAACUUGCAAGAAAUUAGACUGGAACUAGAAGAUUCGGGGUGUGAACACAUAGAUUUAAUAAAACAGAAAACACUCUCCUAAUCCAGUGCUAUGCAGUCACCAGAUGUCUCAUUGCCAUGACAAGGCAGAAUUAUUGUAGAGGAUGUCUGCAGUCUUGUGACUUGGAGACUAGAAGAAUUUCAGAAGCUCUUUGUACAGCAGUGUAUGAGGUACUCCCCCUGGAGGUUUGCUGCCCUCUGAGGCAUAGAAAAUAUCCUGUGAUGAACAGCCCAGAGGAACUUGGAUGAGGACUGUAAAAUUGUGGAAGCAAAGUUGCUGAGAAUGUUAAAUGAUUUUGCAGGGAUCCUUCCUGGCAUUUAGCUGAAGGAUGUAACCCUUGUUUUGUCAUUUGCUGGGUCACUGGCCCUUUAGUUUUAAGUUAACGCAAGUCUCUGAUCCUUUUAGGGUCAUUCAUUUUAUGCACUAGUAUAGUCCUCUAUUUAACUGAAGAAAUGGAGGGAAGGCAGUGUGUUGGAAGGCACACCGACUUCGUUGAGCAGGUGAGGUAUUUGUGUCUUGGCCCCUUGACACCUAAUUUGGCCAGACUUUCCCCUUCUCUCAGGCCCUACCUUACUUACCUCACAAGGUUAUUGUGAGGAUCUGAUACAUAUACACGCACAUGCACACACACACAAGCACUUUGUUGUUUAAAGUGUAAUACCUGUAAAGUUUAAUGUUACGGUAUUGUUGCCAAUGUCUUUUCUUCCAAGGAGCUGUGGCUAAUGUUUCCCCAGGUGUCCCACUUUCUCUCAUAUUGAGGGACUUCUUUUUUUACCUGUUGAAAACCUAAGGCCUUCAAAUGCUCAACUCAUUAUGUGACUCAUUACGGGUCACAUGAUGAACUAACGGGAGAGCCAGGAUCUCUCUGCAGGUCUCCUCUUCAACAACAUGGAACAGACCAGCUCUGGGAUUUGUUGGAGUGCCUCUGAGACACCACAGGCCUGGAGGACCCAUAUUAUAUCCAUCAAACCACUCUGAAUUUGGAAAUGAUGGAGGGAUGUAGCCUAAGUUCCCGAGAGCUUUACAGGGUCCUGUGCUGGGGUUCUCGAUCCUCAUGGCAGAUGUAAGUGGUUAAGGAGGGAGUUGGGUGUUGAACCCUCUGGAGAGAAGAGUGGGGCACUGAAGGUGUUUUCUUUCAAGCUUUCCUGUGUCAAUACAGACUAAAUUAAUACAUCAGCCUUGGAACACUAGUUCUCUUCCAUUAUAUGGAGUGCCACCUGAGUGCUGUAACUCAUGGGGGCAUAGAACUCAGCUGAUAACCUAAACUCUUUCUUUAAUAGAUAAUUGAUCAGAAAAAAAAAAAAAAAUCUGGUUAAUCCAGAGCUGUAAAUUCUUAAAAUGUGAGCCCAGACCAGUAGCAUCAUCAUCACCUGGGAACUUGUUAGAAAUGCAAAUUCUAAGUCCCCACCCCAGACCUACUGAAUUGGAAACUCUAGGGGUGGGGCCCAGCAAUACGUGUCUUAAUAAGCCCUCCAGGUGAUUAUACUGCAUACUCAGGGUUGGGAAGCACUGCUUUAAAAGGUAGCUCUUCUACUAAAUGUAGACACAGUACUAUUAUUGCUCCUACCAAAAAUGAACAGUGAUUUUGUAAUCAUCAAAUACGCCAGUCAAUGUCCACAUUUCCCUAAUUAUCUUGUGGUUUUUGUUUUUAUUUAUUUAUUUAUUUUUGGCCUUGCCGCAUGGCUUGCGGGAUCUCAGUUCCCUGACCAGGAAUUGAACCUGGGCCACUGCAAUGAAAGUGCUGAGUCCUAACAACUGGACCGCUAGGGAAUUCCCUGUUUUUAUUUUUUAGAGACCAAAUAAGGUCUCUACAUUCAAUUGGUUGAUAUAUUCCUUACAAAAUCCUCCCUCUUCUCUCUCUCUUUUUCUUGUAUUUCAUUUGUUGAAAAAAAAACCUUGUCCUUUAACUGUCUCCCACAGGUCUGUAUUUGGCUAAUUCCAUCCUUUGGGGGUCCUUUAACAUGCUCCUCUAUCCUCUGCUUUCCUAAUAUUGGUAGUUGGAUCUGUAAACAUGAUCAGUUUCAGAUUUGGGAGAGGGGGACAAGAAUACUCCAUAGUGAUCUUAUGUAACUUCUAUCAAGAGGUACCUGGUGUUUUGUUUUUGUUUUCGUUUUUUUGUCUCUUUUCUUGUGAUGUUAGCAACCAUCGAUAAGCCCUGAUUUCACUUCGGUUUGCCAAAUGAUAUUUUAAAUCCGUCACUCCUUCUUCAUUUAUUAGCUGAAAUACUUCUAUAAAGAGAACUACCCCUAAUCAACUAUUCGGUUUCCCUGAGGUACAGUUUGUGUAGGAACAGCACAACAGCUGCUUGAUUAGGACUCCUUUGAUUUUUUUUUAAUAUCAUUAUGUAAAUUUUGGCCUCCAUGCCUUAGAUUUCGAAGCCCCUUCCAGUGAGAGACUCUUCUCUGACAGGACAUUUAUACAUGCAUACAACUCAGAAUAACUUUUCUCAUGGCCUUUGAUGUUUUUCUCCUGGCUACUCCUCUCUAGUUUGUCUAGGUUCACCAGAAAGUAGUGUGCUAAAGAGCUCACUAAAUACUUGAGUGAUUCCUCAGGGAUGGACUUGCUAAGUUUCCAAUUAAUAUUUCCCGAUACUAUCCAGGCCUGAAAACAGGAGAGGAAAUUACAUUCCCAUUAGCUGGGAAUGGUUUUACGUCCCUUUCAUGGUAAUAUGAGAGUAUAUCAUCUUCAUUUAUCUAAUCUACCCAAGCAUUGUUCUAAAUCAAAUAUGAUCAGUAUGUUAAAUAAUAACAGCAAUAAUGUAUAACAAUCAGAUCAGAAGGUAAGGAAAACAGCUGGCAGCAGAGGUACGGGGUAAUUCAUGUGAAAUCCAGGGGUACCAUCUCUCCAGGGGAGGAAGUGUUUUGGCCUGGGGCAGGGGUACAACGGGGAAUGAGAAAGUUCGGAUAUUCUGAGAAUCUGGCACUGGAUUAAUGUGAAAUGUCCUAGAAGAGUGUCCCGCAAGAAGGAGCCAGUUAGAGGACAUGGAGGGACACAAAACCUGCAUUAUUAGCACAAGCAGGCAUAACCCUCACCCCAGCUAGGGAUGUGAUGUGUGCUCAUGGUCUGUGAGCAACCCUAGAUUUAGGAGGCAGGGUGUGGAAGCAGCACAGAACCAAGGGUCUGAAGAGCCAGCCUCUGGCUUUGGUGAGGUUAUUUACUAGCCAACUGUUUUUGGACAGGUCAGUUGAUCACUCUAGGCCUCAGUCUAUCUGAGAAAUCAGAAAAAACAUCUUUGUCUCUAACACUUUACAAAUUUGGGGCUCUCAUAGACCCUAGGAUCGUCCACAUCGAGAGCAAGCGCAUCCACGUGGGCACCUUCAAGCUCUGAGGGGAUAAAAGCAGGUCGUCUAUAGCCUGGCUCCCUCCCUCCCACUCCUCAGCCCUCCCCAGGCUCCGGCCCCUCCUAUGCCGACUUCCUAGUAGUAUUUAACAGACAGCUCACUGGCUUAUAACAUAAAUGGUCUUUUUCUUUCACCCUGUUUCUCAUAUUGUACAGAUGUGUCUACCUUAUAAGAUGUGAGCUCUUGAGGGGCGAUGCGUGACUCGCUUUGCAGCUCUGCUACUUGCCCCCUACCCUGCGCCCACCAGCCAUGAGCAGGGAAUACUUAAAUGGUAUUGGCGAGAGUCAAGAUGACUGACUUUUCAUAGUUCCCUUUGUUUCUACCCUAUGACUGGGCUUCUUGCACAUUCUCUACACCUCCUCUCUCCUUCACUUCAGAAUCCACAUCAUCACCAAGCCCUAUCAGCUUUACCUCCCAGAUUCCUCUCAACCCCAUCUGUCAGCUGCCCCAUCUCCACCACCAAGCUCUAGUCCCAGGGGACCACCAUCUCUCGUCUGAAUUCCUGCAGUGGCCUCCCAACUGACGUCGCAGAUUUGAUUUGAUUUUAUAUUUUUAUUUUUAUGUAUUUAUUUUUGACUGCACCUGGCUGAAUGCAGAACUUCCCUGACCAGGGAUCGAACCCAGGUCCCCUGCAGUGGACACGUGGAAUCUUAACCACUGGACCACUAGGGAAGCCCCUCCCAGAUUUUUGCUCUGAUUUCUUCUCACAGAAGCCAGAGUGAUCUUUUAAAAUCCUAAAUCUAAUCACAUCACCCAUAUGCUUAAAACUGGCAGCUUCCCAUUGCUUUUCGGAUAAAGGCCUGAAACUUUAUCCAGGCCUACAAGGCCCCCCCUCAGUUUGACACACCCUCCAGCCUCUUCUGAUAUCACCUUCCCUCUCACUCACUUGCGUUCUCUCUGUUCCUUGAUCACAGCAAGGUCAUGCACACCUCAGAGCCUUGGUAUUAACUGUUGCCUCUGCCCAGAAUGUUCCUCGUCCAGAUCUUUGCUUAGGCUCCUAUUUGUCAACCAGGUUUCAGCAUAAAACUUACCUCCUAACAGAGGCUUUCCCUGACUAUCCCAUCUAAAUUAGUCCUCUUCCCCAACAGCCACUCUCUAUCACAUUAUCCUCUUUUAUUUUCAUCAAAGGCCUUACACCUUCCUGAUCUUUUCUUGUUUACUUAUUUGUUUUGGUAAGCUUCAUGGGAGGGAGGGAGCCAUUUCUCCUAUUUGCCAUUCUUUCCCUGGCACCUAAAACAGUGCCUGCUAGGUAGUAGGUGCUCAGUAAAUGUUCAUUGGAUGAAUUAAUGAAGGCAUGCUCACAGGCAAGGAACUCAUGCUAGAAAAGCAGCAGUAUGAGACAAAGCGGGACAGGUGAGUGAGGGUCACACCAAGAAGGCCCUUAGUUGCCAAACUGAGUUUGGAUAUUAUUCUCUGGGGAAUGGAGUGUCUGUCAUUGAUGGUUUUCCAAUAGAGGAGAAGCAUGGUCAGCAUUUGAGGAAGUUUGAUUUGGCAGCCAUGUGUAAAAGUCAUAUUCAAGAGAGAAAAAUUAAAGACAUUGGUUCAAUCCAUGACAUAAAGAGCUUAGUGUCUGGCCCAAAGUGAGUCUCCAGUAAAUGAAUGUUAUCACCAAGCACUGUGGCAGGCACUGGGAGAUACAGAACAAAAUGGCAAGAUCAUUAAACCUUUCUACCUCAAAAGAAUUCUUCCUAAACCCUAGUGUCACAUUCCUUCCCUCCCCUUUUUGUCAAACUUCCAUUAAUAUUAAUAUAUAUUAUAUUCUCAGGGCUAUCAUGUCUAGGCUCUUUUAAUCAGGCUUCCCACCUCCAACGUGCCUCUGGCUUAGAUUUCGCUUUCCCCCUGUUUCCUGUAUUUUGCUGGUGCCAAGUCACGUAGCUUCUGCCUCCAUGCUGCCCCCACCCCCUUAAUUGUAAAAGCACCGCGUGCUUUCUGUAAAAAUUUCCAAAAAAUACAGAAGCACCCAAAGUAAAAAAAUGGAAAUGCUUUGUCUUUUCCUCAUUUCUUCCCACAACCUCACUCCCCGGAUUUCAACUCUGUAAUAAUCUGGCAUCCCAAAUCUCGUUCCUAGCUCCUCUUUUCCAUCCGCACUCCAGUAUCUGAACUAAAGGGAUGGUUUUCCACCUGUUCUCUUUGAUUUUUCCCUUCAGUUCAGCUCGAAAAACAUUUAUUGAGUGCUAUGUACCAAGUC